UAUAUAUUAUAAACUCAAUGCUAAAAAAAAUCUAAUUGGCAUUCACAUUUAUAAGUUACAUAAAUAUUUAAAAAUUCUUUCUCUAGAUUUAAAAUAUGGCAAAAUAUUUGGCCAGGCAGGGUAAAAUGUUGACGAAGAUCAUGCAUGGCACUAAUAAGAAAAAAAAAUUUCGCUUUGAUGUUGUGCCAACAGUUCUUCCGACACCACCAUCAAUAAGCAAAGCUAACAAAUCCCAAGGUUCUUCUAAACGACGGACAUUCGUAUUAAAUAAAUUGUUUAUGAAAUAUAUAACUGAAAUUAUGGCAAUGGGAGCAAUAGGUAGUGACAUUCUUGGUCAUGGAAUCGAAAUAUCAAGAGUAAAGAUCAAUUCAGAUUUUAAUAAAGUUAAUGUAUAUUGGCUUGCAAAGGGCACGGAAAAAGAUACUGAGAUAGAAAAUAUUCUCAAACUAAAUGCGACACAGCUUAGGCAUGAAUUAUCACAAUUGAGAGUAAUGGGAGAAGUCCCACGCAUUGAGUUUGUGAAAGAUAAAUAUUAUGCUACUAUUGCUGAAGUUGAUGAAUGUUUAAAACAAGCCGAUUUUGGACCUGAUUACACACCCAGCAUUGAUUACAGCAAUAAACUGCGAUCUGAGUUCACUCUAAAUAUGCCUUUAUCACAAGAAAUCAAAAAUAAACUAUCACUUUUAGAAAAUGAUACCAAAGAAGAUGCAGUUUGCGAGGUUGCAAAUAGCUUACCUGUAAUGACUUCAAAUGUAUAUGGACUGGACCAAGCUAAAAUUAUGGAAAAAGUAACAAAAGCAGUUAGACAAUCAAACCUAGCAUGGGAAAAAUCUAAAUCUAAUAUAGUAUUUACAAACGAAGGACUUGCACCACAAAAUAUGGAUUAUUUUCAAAAUGCGCAGAAUGUAAUAUAUGAAGAAAGAAAAGAUAAGUUUGCUGAAUUUUUGAGAAUGCGUCAAAUUGAGAGAAAUAAGGCAAUGAGAAAAGAAAAACAUAAAGCUGAACUUGAAAAAGAAUUUAUUUUUGACAGUAUCAAAAGUGAAGAAUGUGAUGAUAAUGAUGAUGAUUAUGAUUAUGUGAAUGAAGAAGAUGAUGAUUUAGAAGACAUAAAAUAA